AUGCAGACCAAGAGCAAUCAAUACGUCUCUUUGAACAAUAUGCCGCAGAAAGUCCCUCUGCAAGAUAUCAUAUCUGCCGAGGGGCAGGGGCAUAUCACAACGUACUAUAUCUACCGCGAAGAAAACGACCGCAUCCUGAUCACCACAGCCGCCCAGCCAAAAACCCAGAAGAGACGUCAGAAGAAGCAAAAAGAAGAUCCUUCUAGUCUUGAAGACCCUGCCGGAUACUAUGUUCAUCGGCCAUACCUCAGUUUCCACCAUCCUCCACGGACUCUCCACCAUACGGCGUCAAGAGACGGAGACUCCAUAUGUCUCAUCCAUAGCUACUCCUGCUGGCGACGGUGGCGACUACAGUUUGGACCUGCGAUAGCAACUGCCAUUGAUCCCAGGGGGGUGGUCAAAUGGCAGCAUCGGACACACGUCGAUAAUAAGGUUCACGGCGAUUGUGAUCUAAAAGGAUACAAGGUUCGUUGCUGGCGAUUAUGGGGGGAAUCUGGCAAGCAAUACCAUCGCGACGUCAAUGCGAAGAGAAACCAGGGACAUGACUCCGAGGAUGAUCAGGCCUGCCACGAGCAGUUGCAAGCGACAGACACCUUCCAGAUGGCCUGGUCAACGCCCUUUUCAAAGCAGACCAGGAAAUAUAAAUUCUCCUACAGUGGAAUUGAGUUCGCGUGGAAGGGAACAAAAAAUCUGCCUGGAGACAGCAAGUGGCCGAGACGGUUGAUGCCUUGGCACCAUUUGAAAUUGGUUGCGCAACUGCCUUGCAAGAUGGCCAAGCAUGAGUUGAAUGAAGUAGUCAUUGCUCAAUUCACCUGCAGCGCUGAGGCCGACGAAUAUGGAAGCCUUAUCGUUUUGGACUCACAGUUGUGCAUGGUUCUCGGCCUCGACACAGUACCUCAAAGUAUGAUCGAGGAGCGCGCAAAAGGGACUGCUUUUGCGAAGAUUCAUGAUGUGAUUGUCGCCACAGCUAUCUGCAUGAUUGUUGGUGAGUGGCAGAAGAGAAAGACCAUCGUUUCUCUGGUCAUUACUCUACUCUUUGUUGGUGCUACAACAGAUUGGUGA